GCGGCUGCGCGUGUGGAGCGGCAUCGCAACGGCGCCGCAUCGCCGCCCGCAGCCCCCGCGGCCGCCGCCUGCGCGCUGGGGAAACCGAGGCACGGCGCGGCCAGGAGGGGCUCGGCGGCACCGCGGAGCCGCUGUCCAGGCUCGCCCCCGGCCCCCGGUUGUGCCACCGGAACCCGCCGGGAUCCCGGGCUCGGCGCCGCACGUGUCGCCGCCGCCGGGCCAUGGUCAGCGGCGGCAGCGCCCGAGGGCAGCGGAGGCCGGGGGCUGGCGGCAGGUCACCCCCGCGCCGUCGAGCCAUGCGGGAUCGCCCGGUGCUGUCGCCAGCAGAGCCAUGAGCAGCUGUCGCUACAAUGGGGGGGUGGCGCGACCCCGGGGACCCCCGAGCGCCGCCCGCACCCCGCAACCGCCGCACCGGGACCCGCAGCCCUGCCCCAGCCCCCGCCUGCAGGUCGUGGUGUCCCGGCCCGAGCAGACCGGAGCGGCGGAGCCCGGCCCCGGCGCGGCCCCCCCGGGGCAGGGGGCGGCGGAGGAGCGGCGGAACCAGAACAUCGGCUACAAGCUGGGCCACCGGCGAGCGCUCUUCGAGAAGCGCAAGCGGCUCAGCGACUACGCGCUCAUCUUCGGCAUGUUCGGCAUCGUGGUGAUGGUCACCGAGACCGAGCUCUCCUGGGGGGUCUACACCAAGGAGUCGUCGUAUUCGUUCGCCCUGAAAUGCCUUAUCAGCCUCUCGACGCUCAUCCUGCUGGGGCUCAUCGUCAUGUACCACGCCAGGGAGAUCCAGCUCUUCAUGGUGGACAACGGCGCCGAUGACUGGCGCAUCGCCAUGACCUCGGAGCGCGUCUUCUUCAUCGCGCUGGAGCUGCUGGUGUGCGCCAUCCACCCCAUCCCCGGGCAGUACCUGUUCACCUGGACGGCCCGGCUGGCCUUCACCUACGCGGCCUCGGUGGCCCACGCCGACGUGGACAUCAUCCUGUCCAUCCCCAUGUUCCUGCGGCUCUACCUGAUCGGCCGCGUGAUGCUGCUGCACAGCAAGCUCUUCACCGACGCCUCGUCGCGCAGCAUCGGCGCGCUCAACAAGAUCAACUUCAACACGCGCUUCGUCAUGAAGACCCUCAUGACCAUCUGCCCCGGCACCGUGCUGCUGGUCUUCAGCAUCUCCUCCUGGAUCAUCGCCGCCUGGACCGUGCGCGUCUGCGAGAGGUACCACGACAAGCAGGAGGUGACCAGCAACUUCCUGGGGGCCAUGUGGCUGAUCUCCAUCACCUUCCUGUCCAUCGGCUACGGGGACAUGGUGCCACACACCUACUGCGGCAAGGGCGUGUGCCUGCUCACCGGCAUCAUGGGCGCGGGCUGCACGGCGCUGGUGGUGGCCGUGGUGGCCCGGAAGCUGGAGCUGACCAAAGCCGAGAAGCACGUCCACAACUUCAUGAUGGACACGCAGCUCACCAAGCGGGUGAAGAACGCCGCUGCCAACGUGCUCAGGGAAACGUGGCUCAUCUACAAGCACACCAAGCUGGUGAAGAAGAUCGACCACGCCAAAGUUCGGACCCACCAGCGUAAGUUCCUCCAAGCCAUCCAUCAGCUCAGGCACUGACCCCCACCCCCCCCCAUUUUGGGGUCCCGUGCCCCGCAGGCGCAGUCGGUGAUGCUGGAGCUGCUGUCGGAGCUGCAGGAGCGGCACGCGGAGCUGGGGCAGCGCCUGGGCGCGCUGGAGGCGCAGCUGGAGGCGCUGCGGGCGCUGCUGCAGGCGCUGCCCGCGCUGCUGGCCCGCGCGCUGGGCACGGCCACGGCGACAGCGACAGCGACAGCGACAGCCCCGGCGACACCGACCGGCCCCGCGACACCGACCGGCCCCCGGACACCGCGGGACGGCGGCGACACCGCGCCCUGCAGCCCCCGCCGCGACGGCAGCGACAGCGGCUGAGGGACAGCGGCUGAGGGACACCCGGGCCACCCGUGUCACCUGUGUCACCUGUGUCACCUGUGUCACCUGUGUCACCUCGAAGUGAUGGGAACAGCGACUGAGGGACAGCGGCUGAGGGACAGUGGCUGAGGGACACCCGGGCCACCUGUGUCACCUGUGUCACCUGUGUCACCUGUGUCACCUCGAAGUGAUGGGGACAGCGACUGAGGGACAGCGCCUGAGGGACACCCGUGCCACCUGUGUCACCUUGGAGUGGUGGGGACAGCGGUGGGACAGCGUGUGUCACCUGUGUCACCUGUGUCACCUCGAAGUGAUGGGAACAGCAGUGGGACACCU